GUACGAGCUAAUUUAAAUCUCAAAUUCAUUGCAACAGAGAAGCAUCUAGAGAUUCGAUUGGGUUUGGUUUACGAUUUUGUGUUCAGUUGCUCGUGGUGAUCGAAUUGAAUCGAUUGUGAUUGCGAGGUAGGAGGAGAAAUCAUGGCUCAAGCCGUAGAAGAAUGGUACAAACAGAUGCCGAUUAUAACCCGGUCGUAUCUCACGGCGGCCGUAGUCACCACCGUCGGAUGCUCGCUCGAGAUAAUAUCUCCUUAUAACCUCUACCUGAAUCCUACUCUUGUGGUGAAGCAAUACCAAUUCUGGCGCCUCGUUACAAAUUUCCUUUAUUUCCGAAAGAUGGAUUUGGACUUUUUGUUCCAUAUGUUUUUUCUAGCUCGAUACUGCAAACUCCUCGAAGAAAACUCUUUCAGGGGAAAGACUGCGGAUUUCCUUUACAUGCUCUUAUUCGGGGCUACUGUUCUUACCGGUAUUGUUCUCAUUGGUGGAAUGAUACCUUACUUGUCCGUCUCAUUCUCCAAAAUCAUCUUCCUCAGCAAUUCUUUGACUUUCAUGAUGGUUUAUGUAUGGAGCAAACAAAAUCCGUACAUCCACAUGAGUUUCCUUGGCCUUUUCACUUUUACAGCAGCAUACUUACCUUGGGUGCUUCUUGGGUUCUCUGUCCUUGUUGGUGCAAGUGCCUGGGGGGAUUUUCUGGGAAUGAUAGCUGGUCAUGCGUACUACUUCUUGGCGUUUGUGUAUCCACGAAUGACGGAUCGACAUCCCUUGAAAACUCCAUCUUUCCUCAAAGUCUUGUUCGCUGAUGAGCCUGUCGUGAUUGCACGACCAGAAGAUGUGAGGUUUGCUCAUGCGCCUUUUGAUGAAAUCCACCAAGACUGAUUCUUGAUCUUCUACAAAAACCAGUCACAGUGUGCACAGUUUAUGUGUGUUCAGAUUAUGUUUUAAAGGGCAGAUGAUGUACACAUUCAUUGAUCUUUUUUAGUUGUGGAUAAAUGUGGAAGUUUUUUUUAGUUUUCUCUGACAUUCUUGUUGAUAACAAAGUGUGUUUACUCCUGCAUAUAUGAAAAUUCUAGUUUAUAUAA